GCCUGAAGAAGCCCUCUGUUCUGUCAGAUGCUUUAGGCCAGGCCCUCACUGAAGAUCUUCUCUUGAUCCAUUCUCACUGACAGAUAUCCCUGAGCAGGGCCCUGCGCCUGGCUGGUCAGGUGACCAUGAAGGCACUCCUAUUGCUCCUUGCUGUCUGGGCAGGGCUGGCUCCUGUCCAAUGUUCUCAAGGCCGUCCAUCAUGGCGCUACAUCUCCUCUGAGGUGGUCAUUCCCAGGAAGGAGCUGUACCAUGGCAAAGGCGUUCGGAUGCCAGGCUGGCUGUCCUAUAGCUUGCGUUUUGGGGACAAGAGACACAUUAUCCACAUGCGGCGCAAGAAACUGUUUUGGUCCAGACAUCUGCUGAUGAUGACUCAGGAUGACCAAGGAGCCCUGCAGAUGGACUACCCCUUCAUCCCUCCAGACUAUUACUACCUUGGCUACCUGGAGGAGAUUCCUCUUUCCAUGGUCACCGUGGACACAUGCUAUGGGGGUCUUGAAGGUAUCUUGAAGAUGGAUGACCUUGCUUAUGAAAUCAAACCCCUCAGCAAUUCCCAAAGGUUCACCAGUGGCAGCAAAUGCAAUACAGGCAGGUGCUGUACAAACUGCACCUAUUCCCCUCCUGGGACACUCUGCAGACCAAUCCAAAAUAUAUGUGAUCUUCCCGAGUACUGCCGUGGGAAGUCCUUGGCAUGUCCUGAUGAUUUCUAUAUGCAAGAUGGAACCCCAUGCACGGAAGUGGGCUACUGCUAUCAUGGAAAUUGCACUGACCGCAAUGUGCACUGCCAAGAAAUCUUUGGCAAAAAUGCUGUGAAAGGUUCAGAUGCCUGCUAUAUCAUAAAUAGAAGAGGCAAUAGAUACGGACACUGCAGUAGAAAAGAAGAGUUAAUGAAACCUAACGUCUGUGCCAUCGGAGACAUUUAUUGUGGAAGGUUGCAAUGUGGUAAUGUCACUCACCUCCCCCGCUUGCAAGAACAUGUGGGAUUCCAUCAGUCUCUAAUCUCAGGGUUCUGGUGUUUUGGGCUGGACUCACAUCGCUCCACAGGAGCAAAUGAUGUUGGUCACGUGAGAACAGGUACCCCCUGUGAUCAUGAAAAGAUCUGUAUAGAUGGCUUCUGCAUUGCCAGGGAUGUUCAGCUGAAAUAUGACUGUUUACCUGAGAAAUGCAGUCACAGGGGGAUUUGCAACAAUAACAAGAACUGUCAUUGUCACAUAGGCUGGGAUCCUCCACGCUGCAUUGACAGAGGUGCUGGGGGGAGCACAGACAGUGGACACCCUCCACGUAAAAUGCGGUCAGUCAGGCAAAGUAAUGAAUCUCUGAUAUAUCUGAGAGUGGUCUUUGGUCGCAUUUAUGCCUUGAUAGCUGUAUUUCUGUUUGGCGUCGCCACAAAUGUAAGAACAAUCAAGACAGUUAAAGUUGUGGAAGAGAAAGCUGAUGAAGUCAGUCCUGAUAUCAGCCUCCAGACCCCUGAACAACAAUAGGUAAUCUGCAGGAGCAUAAGUGAAACUACAGUGAGUAGGUGGCUGACGUUAGGAGAGGUCUGCAGGAGACAUCGUGUUACCAACACAUAUCACCUGACUUUCACACCAAGUCUGUGACAGAUGACUGACAAGCACUCUGAAAUAAAUUGUGAAA